ACAAAGAGUGAAACAUCUUCAUCUCACUGACAGCAAACAGCAGUCGACGACAGAAGCGUCCGCACUGUGAUAUUCCGAAGCCCCCCAUCCAUAAAAAAAUACACCGGGAGUGUGGCCCUGGUACCCCGGUGUGUGUGCGUGUGUGUGUGAGCCGAGUCUGGGAGGGGCAUCUGUCUGUCCGUCCGGGCAAUGGCGGAUGGGGAGGCCACCGUGUCUGUGGAGUGGGAAAGCGGUGAUGGGGGCUUAGCAGAAUAACAUCCCCGCUUCUGCAGUUGUAUUUUCUCUGUGUAGCUUGGUACUUCAGCUCUCGCCAUGGAUCCAGAGAAAACGUUGACAUUCUGCCUCGGGCUGAAGGCUGAGGAGAUGACCAUGUCCCUGCAGGGGCUGGACGGGACUGAAGCUGCUACGGUGGCUGUUUCUCAGAAGGAGGCUGACAUGCGUACAGUUAAUAAGGUGGUGAAGCAUCAUGGUGGUUCUGGUAGCCGGCCUGUUGUCAGUCCCAAGUACUGUCCUGGGGUAAACAACAAUCCAGGUUACCUGUGUGAAACAGGGCACUGCUGCGGAGAGACUGGCUGCUGUACCUACUAUUAUGAACUCUGGUGGUUCUGGCUGCUGUGGACAGUGUUGAUCCUCUUCAGCUGUUUCUGUGCUUACCGCCACCGCCGGGCCAAGCUGAGGAUCCAGCAGCAGCAGAGACAGAGGGAGAUCAAUCUGAUUGCCUAUAAUGGAGCCUGCAACUACCCUUCAUCAAUGUUGGACCUCAGUUUUCUGGCGUCCUUCAAGUUGCCCUCCUACGAGGAGGUGGCGGCCCAGCCUAGUACCCCUCCUCCGCCUUAUAGCUCCGUCUUUGCUCUGCAGGGAGGUGCAAUGGGGGGUCCUAGCUCCUCUUACCCCCAUCAUCACCACCACCGUCACCCCUGCCCUCCCUACCUGGCCCCCGGUCCCAGUGGCCUGACUUCCUCCCAGAGCUCUGACAACUACACCAGCUGCUCCUGUGAGUCGUGCUCCCUCACCUCCCCCUCCAGCACCUCCUUCUCUGUCCAGGUGACGGACGAGACGUACGACAGCAGCCACAUCUCCACACCCAGUGAAGCAGGGGGUGACUGUGCUGUCAUGCCGAGGGUUGGGUUCAACUUCACACCAACUCCUUCCCCGCCACCUCCAUCACAAGUUCCACCUGAUGUUAUACCUGCAGUUACUCCAGAUGUCAUACCCGUACGAAGACGGUCCUCUAAUGGCAACGAAGGAGUCUCUCCUUCAGCUCCACCACUCUCUCUUCCUUUACACUCUCGUCCGUCACACCCUUCUCGCCUCCCACUUUCUCCACUCAUUCUGUUAUCCUCCCUCCCUCCUGGUCAAGUCCAUCCGCUCGUCCUCUCAGACCCGCUUGGAGCUGUGGCUGUUCAGAAAAAGAAAGAAGAAGAGGCCUCAUCUUGUGGUCCACCCCCCAGGCCCACUCUGUCUCCCCCUAAACAAGCUCUCUUCUCCUCAAAUGUGUCUGUUUUCACACAUUGUAACAACCAAGAGGAGCAGAAACAAGAAAAAGAAGAGGAGGAAGAGGAAGAAGAAGAUGACGAGGAGGAUCAUUUCCGGCAUCGCCGGUUAACGGGUGACUCUGGCAUUGAGGUAUGCCGCUGCCAUGUGAAGAGAGAGGAGCAAGAGGAAGUGCAGAAGGGGUAUUUUGGUAAAGGAGGGAAAGAGGCUGUGAAGGAAGGGGAGAGGGCAGAUGUGCUGCACGACAGCGUGGACUGUUCUUUACGAGCGAAGGCCGCUGUUCAGUCACCGCUUGCUGAGCAGUGUGGUCCCGUCUCCUCAUCCUCCAGCAUCAUCCAGAAGACAGGCGAGGCCAUCAUCACUGUUGAGUCUUUGUAAGCUGAUGGCCAGUGAGAUUUCACCAAACAAGUGGAAAAAGUGAGAUGUUUAUGCUUGAUAGCAUCCUCAUAGAUCGAGACUAGUAGGUAAAACGUUGAAUCACUGAAGAAAAGCCUUACAGGUCUUACUGUAACGGUUGCAAGCAGAGGGACAGGAUAAGUAAUGGAUCCUCCCCUUUUUUUUCCUGUAUUCAAAUGAGUAACUCCAAGCAAAGCCGACACCUGAAAGUCCUGUUUUGUAGUUAAUUUAUUUGUGGUUCAGGAAAAGGCUUAUCUUUUUCUCUAAACUGAUGCUAAGGAAUUGCUCUUUUUCUCUUUCCCACAUGCUAACCAAAUCCAUUUUUACCAUCCCUGCAUCCCUCUACAGUUUACUUUAGAUCUCUUCUUUCUCUCUCUGCAUGGAAAGUCCUAAUAGUCAGUGGUUCCCAACCUGGGGGGUAUGGAUCCCUCUAAGGGGUCACAAGAUAAAUCAGAGGGGGUCAUGUAAUGAUUAACAGUAUAAGAAAGGAGAAAAACAUAUGAUAGUCAUAUAAUAAUUUAUAGAUGUUUCUUUAUUCUUCGCUUUUUUAUGUGAAAUUAUAGAUGGUUUUACCUCUUUGGGCAUUCAAAUGAAACAAUCUAAGAAGCAAAAAUCAAUCUUUGCUGGAACUGCUCACAAUGUCUUGACAUAUGCAAUGUGGUCACAACAAAAUAUUCUUUCAUUUGAAGGGGUCAGACUGCAAAAAAAGUUGGGAACCACUGCUUGAUAUCACAUAUCACUCAAUGAUCCCAGGCCAUUGAAUCAGCGAACAAAACUGUUAACCAUUAACUGAUAUCUUGAAUUGAAAAUGUAUAUUCUAGGAGUAUAUAAAGUAAAAUGACGGAACAAUAUAUUUCCAGAAGAGCAGCUUCUAACAAACUGUGUCUGGAUCAAUUUAUGUGAUCUCAAUUUACUUUCUAACUUUUGAAAAGGAUCACAACUGUAGUAUGGUUUGAGGUCACAGGACUAACUGGUGACCUUUGUUGUUGUGGGGUGAAUUUUUGCUUUCACUUGCCUACUUCCCUCUGUUUAUCAGAGGAUAUAAAGAGGGAAGGCAACUAUUGAGGUUGAUACAAGAAGUGUGUGUUUUAUACUUUGUGUCUUAUGUUGCUCCUUGAAGGAAAAGGGGUGCAAACAUUGAUUAAAAUGUGUGGGUGGCAAAGCUUUACAAUGGUAUUAUGAUUAUACGUUGUUGUUCCAGACUGUUACAUGAUUAUACUGUUUAAUUAACUGACUGUUUGACUUUGGAUUUAAUGUGUUUGAACAUUUAAUGUGUUCCUGGUUGGUCGUUGCCAUUUUUGCAAGGCAAUGUAAAUCUGAUUCCUUCAUGGACGGACUGUUGAGUUUUUACAAGGCAGAAACUUUAAGCCUAAUCUCGUCACUGAUGAUGAAUGUAAAAGGUUAUGCAUUGCAACAAAAACAAUAUUAUAUUAUUAAAUUGUUUACGCGGAAUUUUUAUAGCACGAUGAUUGACUGAAAACCUCUGGAAAAGUGUCCAAAUCUGCAGCGGUGCGGUGCACACUGCCGGGUGCGGGCUUUGAGAGGACACUUUGAAAGGAAGUGCCCAUCGUAAUGUCUGUCUGAGUCAAGUAAUGCUUGUGAAAUAUCAAAUGUACGGAGUGAAGGUUUAAAGUUGCAGUCAGAAUAAUGGCUCUUUUAUUAUUGCUGUGGCUAAACAUGUGGUCACUUCUGGGAGUUGGACUGCUUUCCUUUAAAUGUAUCCUGGUUUAAACUGUUUUUGUAUGUAAAAUAAUUUGUCAGUUGAUGUCCAAUUGUACAGUGUCUGUCACUAGAGAAUAGGCAGCCUCAGUGGGUGGAGUGGGAGGUUGAUACCCUUGAUUGAUGAUCUGUACUUCCUAGGAUUGUGUCAAGUUAGUCAAUCCUGGUCUUAAGUAGUGGAAAUAGCACACAUGUACUCUCUUGUAAUUGAAUUAAUAAGUACAAAAUGUACUAAAGCGUAGGAUAAGAUUUAGAAAGAAAGAAUGUCUCAAAUCACAUUUUGGUACAUGUUUGUCUUGCUGUAGUUAUUAUGAGACAAAUGUCUCUGUAGUUCAUUGACUAGAGGCCACUUCAUUGUGUCCUCGGCUCUGUGCAAAACCGACUUAAUUGUCUAAAGCCUAAAGGCAAAGCUUACAACUCAUUUCUGUGGACAAAGAUCAUUGUCUUGGUUCAGCUCAAUAACACCUUUAUUUUGUCAUAGACAAAUCAUGUGUUUGUGUGUACCUCAAUGGGGAAUACAAAGACGUUAUGAAGGUUUUCUAGACAUCCUCUGAUCGUCUCUUUUUAAAGCUCUUUUGGAGUGAGUCACAGAUGUGUCUCAAAGGUGACGAAUGCUCUGACGGAGACUGUUCGUCCUCUGAACACAUCGACAAAAAAGCCUUUUGGCUGCUGUACAUUUUUUGGCUAAAGAAUGGACAGUUGUUAUUUUCUCAUUAGUUCUAGCUAAUGUAUGUUUAUCAAGGUUAUAUGGUGCCUAGAUGAAAAUAGACUUUCUGUAAGGCAUUCUAUAGUUUACUGCUGCUAUGUGAGUGUGAGUGUGUGUGUGCGUUUUCUGUAAAUUGUGUAUAGUCGUACAUCAAAUGGGCAAACAUUUUCUAGCAGUGCUUAGCGGUCUCUUUAUAAAAUAUACACAAUAUGUAAUACAUGUGAGACUUGCAAAAAUAGUAUUUAGCAAUAGUAUUCACACUUUUUUUCCUUACUCUAGUUAAUGCUGGUUGAUAGGAAAUUAACUGUUGUGAAAAAGACAUUUACCUCUUUAUAACUGAUCCGUGAGCUGUGCUGGGCAGAGGCCCUUGAUUGUACAUCAUACUGCAUUUUUAAAUGCCUUUGGCUUAAGGUUUCUCCCAAGUGCAAACUCAGAUUAUCUGGUUUUACCGUAGCCUCUGUCUGUGCCUCUUGUGUGUUACCACAUUACAUUCAGGUCACUGAGUUAAGCAUCCGUGUUUCUGAAAAAUAAACUGACGAUCUUUGAAAAACAAUACUCACUGUGCUACCGCUGCUCUGAAGGUAUUUCCAGAUUCCUCAAAGACUCUUCUGUCAAUUUGGAUAAAAGAAAACAACCUUUAGCUACAUGAUAUAAGAACAAGCCAUUUCCCAAGUUGCAACUCUGUUUCCUAUUCGAUACAAAGAUGGUAACUGGAAAUAACGUUAUGUCCUUGGAUUUGUACAACAUGAUGUUAUAUUUUCUAUAUUCAGGUUUUUUUUUGUGUUUUCAUACAGAAUAAAAAAGAUUUGUUUAUGCACAUUCAAAAAUAUUUAGGAGGAAAACGUGAGUAGGAAGUGAGUCCUAUUUUUUUAGUGCCAAUUUUACAUGAAAUAGCUCAACAAAACCAUUAAAUUAUGAUGAAGUUAUGCAAAUGAUUAAAAAUUGGAACAGCUGAUGUGUUUAAAUUUGCUAACUUUGUCUCACAGGCCUGGGAAUGAGGGCAAGAUUGUUUGAACUUUAUUUAUUAUCCAGUAGUAUACAGUUGUGUUUGUUUUGUCAAUAAUUUAUUAAUUUUAUAGUAGACUUAAUUCUUAGACUGUUUGUAAUUUUACAUAGCAUUCUUAAUCUGGUCUUUAUGAAUCUGUGUAAUGAUGAAAAAACUUUAUUCAUUCAUUUAUUUUUUUUCUUGUCCAGUAAACAAAGGAAAUAAGAAACAGAGAGAACUCAGGAAGAGAUAGAGUAGUAGAAAAUAUUUGGUAAUAUUCGGAGUGAAUAUUUGCUUGUCCAGAUGGAUGACAUUGUCUUUGAGGAUUCUCAAAGUGUUAUUAACUUUUGUGUGUUGAUUUUUUAAAAUAUCACAAGGUAUUGGUUUUCAUAAAAAUAGACAUUUAGCUCUGUGACUCAAAUAUAAUGGUGAUCCACAAGAGACACAAACAGGGGCUUGUUUUACCCCAACUCUGAUUUUACAUUGAAGCCAAACUGAUCUGAAUUCAGUGUACAUAGAAGUAGUUUUUUUUUUUUUGCCUUGUCAGCAGCUAGUGUGUACAGACAAAAAUGCCCAAACUCAACCCUCAUUGCCACUGAAGGCCAAGGCCUGAUAUAAGACUGUUACCUCGCUGAGUUUUGACUGCAAAGGACUGUUUACUUCUCCUUAUCAAGAUAGUAUUUACUCUAUAUUUGUACUGACUUUAUUUUGUAAUGCCAAGAAUUGAAGAUUUGAAAAAGAAACACACAGAGCCCACAUUGGUACGGCUGAACUCGUUUGCCAGGAAAAAAACAAAAACACAAAAGAUAAAAAACCCUGUUGAUUCAGGAUAAGUUUGUCUCCCGGGAAACAAAGUGUUCUCCUUUUACUCCUGCAGCUACGAGAUCGCAGGAUUUAUAGAAGUAUCUAUAUGUGAUUGUAUGUGGAAUAGUUCAGAUUAAUAUUAAUACAAAAUGUGGUGUUCUUUGAGGGUAUCCUUGUGCAAUUCUACCUGCAGCUCUUCAGUGUGUUGUAUGCAUGUGUGAGAGAGUUACUGUCAGCCGUGUUGUUGUGGUGUUCAAUCAUUGUCGCUUAUUAUGAGGCCAAAGUUGAUUGUUGUUGGUAUUUGUUAACAUGAUAUUUGUCAAUAUGAAUAUCCAAACAUUUUUAUGUCAUCAUGUAUAUCAAAUUGAUUUUGUAUUUUGGUGUAUAGCAUAGAGAUUUCUGAUGUAAAAUUCAAACACUGAGAUGCUCUCACAUUUUUAAGUAUUUGUUUGGUUGCACACAUCCCGGUGCUUUUUCCAGAAGGUGGGGUUGUAUUUAGGUUUCUUCCAUUUGAGGUUUUUUGCAUUGAUGCUCACUGGGAGUCUACCAAGUUGGACACAGACAUAUGCGCUACUUUAUUCGACAAAAACUGGAUUUUGUGUCAAAAUAAAUGCUAACGAGUGCU